UUGGUGUAAUAUUGAUUCUUGAGAUCAAAACCAUUCACAGUCGUCCUACAAAACCAUAUUCAAAUACUAUAAACUCAAGUAUCUGAUGUUUGGGUGCUCUCCAAACUCUGCUUUGUAUAUUCUUAACACAAACUCAAACCUACCCAAAUGAAUGUUAAACUUGCAAACGGGUCAAAUUGAGUAGGCUUAAUGUAACGUCAGAGUCUCUGCUGUUUAUAAAACGUGUAUCUGAGUUGAACUGUUUGAACUACUUUUCUUUUAUGUUCUUUUUUUCGUGUGUGCAAAACAUUUAUUUCUGUCGCCACGUUUGUCAAUCUCUGAGGCCACAUGUAGAAAUUACUUCUAGUUUGUAGCUGUAGAAAAAAUGCUACAUUUAUUAUACAUCUUUUUAGUUUAAAAAGUUUAAGAUUCAUGUAGGUAAAUUAAAUAUGGUAUUCUGCUUCGUCCUAUAAGCAUCUAGGAACCUGUGGUUACCAAUCAAUUGGUACAAUAGAGCAGAGCAAGGCUGCAAUAGCGUGCAGAUCAGACGUCUCUCCUUGUUUCUAGAUAACUGGGAGCCUCUGUACCAUGUCAUAUCCUCAGUUUGGAUACCCUUACUCUUCUGCACCCCAGUUCCUGAUGACCACCAAUUCCCUGACAACUUGCUGUGAGUCUAGUGGCAGGACUCUGACAGAUUCAGGCGCUGCAGCCUCGGCUCAGACCCCAGUCUAUUGUCCUGUGUACGAAAGCAGGCUGUUAGCCACAGCCAGACAUGAGCUCAAUUCUGCAGCUGCCUUAGGAGUCUAUGGAAAUCCUUACACAAGUACCCAGGGCUAUGGAAACUACGUUACCUAUGGUACUGAAGCUUCUGCCUUCUAUUCUUUGAACAGUUUCGACGCGAAGGAUGGGAGUGGAUCUGCGCAUGCGGGCAUUACCCAGGCGGCUGCCUACUAUCCCUACGAUCACACACUCAGUCAGUAUCAAUAUGACAGAUAUGGCACCAUGGACGGAGGCACCCGAAGAAAAAACGCUACUCGUGAAACCACCAGUACACUGAAGGCAUGGCUGCAGGAGCACAGGAAGAACCCCUACCCCACCAAGGGCGAGAAGAUCAUGCUGGCCAUCAUCACCAAGAUGACCCUCACCCAGGUCUCCACCUGGUUUGCCAAUGCCCGGAGGAGGCUCAAGAAGGAGAACAAGAUGACCUGGCCUCCAAGGAACAAGUGUUCCGAUGAGAAGAGAUCCUACGAAGAGGAAGAGGAGGAAGAGUCACAGGAAGACAAUAUGAAGAACGAUAAAAACGAUGAGGCCACCAGCAAAGAAGAAAAAGAGCUGGAACUGAGUGAUUUGGAUGACUUUGACCCCAUUGAGUCGGAGAGUUCAGAAUGCGAAUUGAAACAGCCCUUCCAGCACCUGGAGAGCAGCCAGAUAAGGGCAGCCGACCCAUGUGCUACUGAUCAUUGCAAGGAGCCUUCUCUAAAGACGCCCAUCCCAGCGGCCACCAUUGAAGAAGACCUGGAAAGGGCUAAAAACUGUCUCAAGAAUGUGGUGGACGAAUGUGAGCAAGACUUAAUCAAUGUAAGGCAGAGAAGCUGUGAGUCGAAAAUGUGUUUCCAGCAAGGGCAACAAAUAUUGGAGACAAAGCCCAGGAUUUGGUCCCUGGCUCACACUGCCACUUCUCUAAACCAAACUGAGUAUCCUUCCUGCAUGCUGAAACGCCAAGGAGUCUCCUCCUCCGUUGCAGUUUCUGCUCCUGUUAGUGUCAUUGACAGACAUCAGGAUUCCCCAGUCACCAAUCUCAGGAACUGGGUGGAUGGGGUGUUUCAUGACCCCAUAUUCAGACACAGUACUUUGAAUCAAGCUUUGAGCAACACAACAGUUUCCUGGGCUACUACCAAAGGGGCCAUUCUGGAAACGGGAUCUUUAGGACGCUCAAUUGGGAACAGUACUAACGUGCUAAAAGGCCAACUGUCAAACUUGUCCCACCAGGACUCAAAUAAAGAAUUUCUUGCAUUUCCCAAAUCAGGAAGCAAAAUGUUUUGUUCUUAACAACACCCCAAGUGGCAAAGAACUUUCUAACACCUGAAGAGUGGGAUACACUGAAAAGAGAUUUGGAAGAAUUUAAAUUUAAAUAUAAUUUUUUUAAAUGACAAAGAUAAGGAUUUAAGUUCAGUUUGCUUAGUUAAACGGGCAGACUUUAUUCAUUGCUGUUUUGAAGAAUUUCUGUUGGCUGCGACUUUAAGGGAUCAAUGUCGUGAAAAUAAUUUAACUCCAUGUCUAAAAGCACGUACUAUAGUGUAGGCGUACUUAAAAGUUUACAUCCAAAAGUUUACAAACGAGAAAUUUAAAUUCUGAUAUUUAAUUUAAGGCAUGCCAAUAUUAGUUAUAAAGACUUCUCAGAUUUUUUCUUCUGAUUUCAUUGUUACAUAUAAUUCACAAA